AUGUCAGUCAUAAGCAGACCUUGUUCUACGACAGAUACAAGUUUCACAGAUAAAAAUUUAGAAAUUAAAUAUCAGGAUUCGACAACUGCUGAACCGCAAGGAACAGAAAUCAUGUUGAUAGACAGCGAGCCUUAUUGUGAAAAUAACUGCUAUGAUACCGGCGAUUGGAGAAGCACUCCUUCAUGUGAGCUUUCUACAGAGAGGCCUAGCAGGAGUCCUCAGGUUACGCAACAACAAUUGGAAUACACCAUGCCCGAUAAGCCAGAAAAGUUUGCAGGAGUUGGAGUGGUGGUUAAAAGAGGUCCCAUUGAAAAAUGGUCUUCCAAUCCGACACAAACCAUUAACACCGGAUCUAACCAUCUACGUCGACGCUUCCGACUCAGGUUGGGAAUAAGUUCAGCUUCAGUCCAAACAGCAGGGUUUUGGUCCACAGAAGAAAAAGAAGAUAGCAUAAAUGUUCGCGGGUUAUUGAAUGAAAAUAUGGGUGAGGGUCUUAACUUUCAAAGAGGAGACACGUCACCUAAAGCUGAACUUGAAUCAGGACUCACGACAACAUUAAGAUUCUUUCACUGA